UCUCCUUCUCAGAUUCGGAGCCCUCAGCAGCCUUUGCAAGCCAGGAUUUCCUUUGUGGGGAAAGGAAGGAAGGAAGGAAAAGAGCGGAAGGACCAUCGGGGAUGCGUCCUGCGACCCCAGAAAUGGUUCCAUGAAGGAAGAGGCCCCUGGAGACCCCCAAGAGUCCCUGCAGCCCUUUGGAGCUGCUCUGCCAGAGAGAGGAAGGAUGGAGACACCCCCUUUGGCCAAGGAGGGGAGCGGAAAAGCCCCUGUGGCUCUUCAGCCUGGGAGCUGUGGGGAGAGCUGGACCAGAACUGGGCAGAAGGUCCUGCAGGGUGGAACCAUCCUCCCUUCAGAAGUUCUGCCCUGGACCUCGAUCCGAGGCUGGAAUGAGGCUGAUGGUCCCCGAGGACUUUGCAGCCAACUCCAUGACUUGUGCAGGCGAUGGCUGAACCCAGGAAAACACAGCAAAGCUCAAAUGCUUGACCUGGUGGUUCUGGAGCGUCUCCUGGCUCUCCUGCCCCCAGACAUGGAGGGCUGGUUGCGGGAGUGUGGAGCAGAGAGCAGCUCCCAGGCGGUGGCCCUGGCGGAAGGCUUCCUCCUGAGCCAGGCAGAGGAGCAGAAGGAGCAGCUCCAGUGGCAGUGCUGCACUGUGGAGAUCAGAGAUCCUGAGGGAAAGAAGAACCCAUCAAAUCCCCCUCAGGAGCUAUUUUUCAGGAGGAACCCUUGGAAAGACAAAAGUCAGGACACCUCAGGAGAGAAACAAAGAAUGAAGCUUUCUGGUUUUUAUGACGGAGAUCAAACAGCAGUUGAAGCUCCAAAUCAAGAGGGUCUUGUGUCCUUCGAGGAGGUGGCUGUGUAUUUCUCUGAGGAGGAAUGGUCUCAGCUGGAUCCUGACCAGAAAGCGCUGCAUUCGGAAGUCAUGCUUGAAAACCAUAGGAACGUGGUCUCUCUGGGUAAUGAUGCGCAGGAGAAUCAAGAUUCCUGUGAACUGUUCCAAGUAAUCAAUGCUAAAGAUGUAACGGAGAAGUUUGGAAUUCGAAUGGAAUUCGAAAGCCAUAAGAGAAACCAGUCAAAGAAUAGGAAUCAGGAAAGCUCAUCUUCCAGUGAUACUCUGAUGCAAAAAUUUCUUGCCCAACAAGAGAAAAUAAAGAAAAAAUAUACUGGGAAAAGUGUAAAGCUAAUCAAAGCUAAAGUACAAGUAAAUGAAUACUAUUUAACCCCCCAAAAAGGAGAAGGUGCUAUAAGAAGACACAGUGGUCAAAAUAACAAUGGGACAUUCAUUCUUUCUCUGGGAAAUAAAUUCCUUACAUCUCAAAAAGUGAUUUACACAAAAGAAAAGCCAUAUAAAUGCAUAGAGUGUGGAAAGAUGUUUGCUCGUAGUGGUAAUCUUAUUUCCCAUGGAAGGAUCCACACAGGAGAAAAACCAUAUAAAUGCAUGGAAUGUGGAAAGACCUUUGCUUCUAGCAGUACACUUACUUCCCAUGAAAGGAUCCACACAGGGGAGAAGCCAUAUAAAUGCAUAGUGUGUGGAAAGACCUUUGCUCAAAGAGCUACUCUUAUUUCCCAUAAAAUUAUCCACACAAAGGAGAAGCCGUAUAAAUGUAUGGAAUGUGGAAAGACCUUUGCUCGGCGCAGUGGCCUUAGAAGCCACAAAAUGCUUCACACAGGGGAGAAGCCAUUUAAAUGCAUGGAGUGUGGAAAGACGUUUACUCAUGGCAGUGGACUUAGAAGCCACAAAAAGCUCCACACAGGAGAGAAACCAUAUAAAUGUAUAGAGUGUGGAAAGACCUUUGCUCGAAGAGCUACUCUUAUUUCCCAUAAGAUGAUCCACACAGGGGAAAAGCCAUAUAAAUGCAUGGUGUGUGGAAAGAUGUUUACUCAUGGCAGUGCACUUAGAACCCACAAAAACCUCCACACAGGAGAGAAAGCAUAUAAAUGCAUAGAGUGUGGAAAGACCUUUGCUCAAAAAGGUCAUUUUAUUUCCCAUAAGAUGACCCACACAGGGGAGAAGCCGUUUAAAUGCAUUGAGUGUGGAAAGACAUUUACUCGUGGUAGUGUACUUAGAAGCCACAAAAAGCUCCACACAGGAGAGAAACCAUAUAAAUGCAUGGAUUGUGGAAAGACCUUUGCUCUGAGCAGUAGACUUACUAUGCACAAAAAGAUACACACUGGGGAAAAGCCAUUUAAAUGCAUGGAGUGUGGAAAGACCUUUGCUCAAAGAAGUAAUCUUAUUUCUCAUAAGAUGAUCCACACAGGGGAGAAGCCGUAUAAAUGCAUGGAGUGUGGAAAGACAUUUACUCAUGGCAAUGGACUUAUGAGCCACAAAAAGAUCCACUCAGGAGAGAAACCAUUCAAAUGCAUGGAAUGUGGAAAGGCCUUUGCUCAUAGCAGUACAUUUACUUCCCAUGAAAGGAUCCACACAGGGGAGAAGCCGUAUAAAUGCAUGGAGUGUGGAAAGACCUUUGCUCAAAGCAGUACACUUACUAUCCACAAAAAGCUCCACACAGGAAAGAAACCAUUUAAAUGCAUGGAAUGUGGAAAGACUUUUGCUCUGAACAGUACACUUACUAUUCAUAAAAGGAUCCACACAGGAGAGAAACCAUUUAAAUGCAUGGUGUGUGGAAAGACCUUUGCUCAGAAAGGUCAGUUUAUAUCCCAUGAAAGGAUCCACACAGGAGAGAAGCCAUAUAAAUGCAUUGAGUGUGGAAAGAUGUUUACUCAGAGCAGUGGACUUGGAAGACACAGAAAGCUCCACACAGGAGAGAAACCAUUUAAAUGCUUGGAGUGA